AUGAACGAGCACAUAGCCAGAUCGGGAAAAAGUAUUUCCAAUAUUCAACAUCAUUCUGUGCCAACCUCCUUACGAAAAGCGAAGACAUUCCUCGAAGAUGAAUAUCUAAGAGAAAUAACUGCCGCAAGUGAUGACCGCUGUUUUUAUUUUCAAGCCAAAUGCUGCCAUAGCUUUAGAAAGAACGAUCCCCCACAUCAAUUAAAACUGGCGUUGUGUAUUUUCAAGGGAGACGUUUUAGACAGCAGCUGUACGUGUGUCGCAGGAAAGGCUGGAUUUUGCAACCGUAUUUCAGCCUUGAUGUUCAAAAUUUGCAAGUGUACCCUCUUUGAAGCGAAGACUACCAAGGAUCUAUGUCAAGAAAAGGACGAGAAUCCAGAGUUGGCGUGUACAUCUCAGCUUCAAAGAUGGCACAAAAAAGGAGGCGGCGAAAACAUAGUUCCCCAGCCAGUUAUGGAGGUUUAUGUUACCAAAACGAAGCUUGAUGAGCCCAGCAGUUCAAGAGGAUCAGGUGGUGUGAAAUGUCUUCUUUAUGAAGCCCGAAAGCAGCCACAUUAUGACCCCAAGAAAUAGGCAUCUUUUAAGACAGAACUUGCUACAAUUGACCCAAACAUGGGUUUUGCUCAUUUGAGUAAAAGUAACAACUCAAGUGGUGAAACAGCACAGACAAAAUAUGGAGAGACUCCUGUUGGCUCUUUUCUAAGCUACCAGGUGUCAUUCACGGAGUCUAACUUUUCAGCAGAGGCAGAUUUAAAGGCAGUACCCCGGAAUAAUGUGCUUUCUGACAGCAUAACAGCAUAUCCAAGGUUUCCCUUAGCCAAUGAAAAUCCUAUGGUUACCCCUCGAGAACUGAGUAGUGAGGAAGCAGCUUUGUUAUCACAUUUAUCUGUGGAUGAAGACAAGGUGAACACAAUUGAAGCUACCUCAAGGGAACAAUCAGAGUCUGAAAUCUGGAAAAAGGAACGCACUUAUCGAUUCACUGCGUCAAGUUUUCAGCUGAUCGCCAAGCGGCAACGAAAUCAUGAGAGCUUUGCUCAAUCGAUUAUGCAUCCAAAGCCCUUUACUUCAAAGUAUGUUGCUCAUGGAAUGAAGUAUGAACCUGUUGCUCUCAGAGAGUAUGAAAAAUUCAUGUUCAACAGGAAAACACCUGUUGCUGUACUUAAAAGUGGAUUUGUUGUAUCCGAAGCAUUUCCUGUUCUUGGCGCAUCACCCGAUGCCAAAGUUAUUGACUUUGGAUGCUCUAUUUGUUUUGGUUUAGCUGAGGUGAAAUGUCCUCAUACCAAGUUCCAUGUGACCCCCCUUGAGGCAUGCUCGGACCCAAAUUUCUUCAUGGAGAAGAGAAGUGACACACAAUGUAGACUUAAAAGGGACCAUGCCUACUAUGGCCAGGUCCAGGGACAGAUGGGUGUGACAGGUGCAAAAUGGUGCGAUUUUAUUGUGUACACUAGCAAAGGGAUUUACAUUGAACGAAUUGCAUUUGAUCCUGUCUACUGGGGUAACCUUAAGAAUGAACUCCUGCGGUAUUAUUUUGAACAUUUCUUAAAAUUUGCAUCAGCAGAUUUUCACAACUCUGCUUAA